AUGGGUGUAGAAGAGUCCUUACCAACUACUUUGAUAUCAGCCACUGUCUUGGUGCCCGCAUUAGGUUCAUCGUUGAAGGACAAAGACAUGUUGGAUGAAACUGGAUCUCAGGCCACUAUUGUUUUUCCAAAAACAAAUGAUAUGUUGGAUGACAACGUAUCCAAGGCUACUGAGAUUUUUCCCAAAACAAAGGAAUGUGAGAAUGAUGAGAUUGACAUUGAUGAGACAGAAAUUAUUAGACCGUCUAGUAAAGAGAGAGACGCCGUUGUUGCUGAUAUUGGUGAUUCUGAUAUCUUGCCAAGUAAGAGAACUCACGUCAAACCGAGAAGAUUCUGUGACACAUCCCAGCAGAAAGUUCCUGCAACCAAGGAAGAGACAUCUUCAACAAUGGUUAUUGUUCAACUUAGAGAGAGAUUCUUAGGAAUUCUGAAGAAAUCAAGGCACAAGUAA